GGUCAGAGGUCACUGUGUAUAUACAAAAGGACGUGGCAUAGCUAUUUACCACACUUGGGCUGUCUUAAACCGAAGUGACAGAGAAGAUGUGUGGAAUCUUUGCCUACCUGAACUACCUUGUGCCGGCCAAGAGAGAGGAGAUCCUGAGGAUCCUGAUCAAGGGACUUCAGAGAUUGGAAUACAGGGGAUAUGAUUCAGCAGGUGUUGCUAUUGAUAGCAGCAACAAUGCUGAAGAUUCUGUUUCUGACAUUGCCAUCAUCAAGAAACGUGGCAAGGUGAAGGCACUGGAAGAAGAAAUUGCUGCUUCUACCCAAAGUUUGGAUUUUGACCGUGAAUUUAACUGCCAUAUUGGAAUUGCUCAUACUCGCUGGGCUACUCAUGGAGAACCCAGUGCUUGCAACAGUCAUCCACAAAGAUCUGAUCCCAAUAAUGAAUUUGUUGUUAUCCACAAUGGCAUCAUUACCAACUACAAGGACAUCAAAACCUUCCUGGAAAAGAAAGGCCAUGUGUUUGAGUCAGAGACAGACACUGAGACUAUUGCCAAGCUAAUUAAACACAUUUAUGAUACCAAGAAUGAGGUGAACUUCAGACAGCUGGUAGAGGCGGUCAUCCAACAGCUGGAAGGGGCAUUUUCCCUUGUCUUCAAAAGCAAGCAUUUCCCUGGGGAGUGUGUUGCCACAAGGAGAGGCAGCCCGUUGCUUAUUGGUGUUAAGACCAGAUAUAAGUUAUCUGCUGAUCAUUUCCCAGUGUGCUACAGCAAAGCUGAUCAUGACCACAGACCUAACUUGAUUCCCACUACAUCUGAACCACAAACCAGUGAUAAAACUAAUGAAAAGUCAAAAGAUGCCCGCCACUCGGAUAAAUCAACAAGCAACCUGGCUCUUCAGAGGUCUGACAGUACAACAGAGUUUCAGCCUAUUGGACCAAACCGUGAAGUGGAAUAUUUUUUUGCUUCCGAUGCCAGUGCUAUAAUAGAACACACCAACCAGGUGAUCUACCUGGAGGACGAUGACGUGGCUGCUGUCAGUGAGGGAGCUCUGUCUAUCCACAGGAUCAAGAGAUCCAUUGAUGAGUCCACUGUGAGAGAGGUGAUCACUCUCAAGAUGGAGAUUCAGCAGAUUAUGAAGGGCAGCUUCAGCAGCUUCAUGCAGAAGGAAAUCUUUGAGCAGACCGAGUCUGUUGUGAACACUAUGAGAGGACGUGUGAACUUUGAGACAAAUGAGGUAGUCCUUGGUGGCAUCAAGGACUAUAUGGGAGAGAUCAAACGUUGCAGACGUCUUCUUUUCAUUGCAUGUGGGACCAGUUAUCACAGUGCAGUUGCUACUCGCCAACUUCUGGAGGAGUUGACGGAGUUGCCAGUCAUGGUGGAGUUAGCCAGUGAUUUCCUGGACAGAAGUACACCUGUGUUCAGAGAUGACGUCUGCUUCUUUAUCAGUCAGUCAGGUGAGACUGCAGAUACUUUGAUGGCUCUGCGUUAUUGUAAGGGAAGAGGAGCUUUGAUUGUUGGUAUCACUAACACAGUGGGCAGCAGUAUUUGCCGUGAGUCUCACUGUGGUGUUCAUAUCAAUGCCGGACCAGAAAUUGGUGUGGCCAGUACUAAGGCCUACACUAGCCAGUUUAUCUCUCUGGUAAUGUUCGGUCUGAUGAUGAGUGACGACAGGCUGUCCAUGCAACAACGAAGAAAGGAAAUUAUUCAAGGAUUGCAAAAGCUUCCAGAGCAAAUCAAAGAGGUUUUGAAGACGGAUGAGAAGAUCCAUUCCCUGUCCCAAGAGCUGUACCAGCAGAAGAGUUUGUUGGUGAUGGGCCGAGGAUACAACUAUGCUACAUGCCUGGAGGGUGCACUGAAAAUCAAGGAAUUGACUUAUAUGCACUCAGAGGGUAUCUUGGCUGGUGAAUUGAAACAUGGGCCACUGGCUUUGGUAGACAAAGCUAUGCCUGUCAUUAUGAUUAUAACAAGGGACAACCUGUAUCCUAAAUGCAUGAAUGCAUUGCAGCAGGUUAAGGCCAGACAUGGUCAACCAGUGGUUAUUUGCAACGAAGGUGAUGAAGAAACAAUAAGGAUGGCAUACAAAUGUCUUGAAGUGCCUUUAACAGUGGACUGUUUACAGGGGAUUAUCUCAGUUAUCCCCCUGCAGCUCGUGUCGUACCACAUUGCUACCUUAAGGAACCUGGAUGUCGAUUGCCCAAGAAACUUGGCUAAAUCUGUGACAGUGGAGUGAGUGAUUGAACAUCCAGGGGGUCUUCUUGAGGUACAUACAUCCUAAGGACAGUGUAUUACAAUUUGGACAUACACUGGAAUUAUCAAGAACAAGGCCGACAACUCCCAAGUUCACAGACCAGCUGGAAUGAUGAAGUGUUAUUCUAACUAAAGUGUGAUCAUGAAAAGACAUUAUUUUAGACCAUAUUUUUUUUCAUUAAUGUAUUUACUAGUCAAAUAGUCUGACACUUGAUGCUUGUAAAAAUAUAGCUAGAAAAAUCACUUUUUGUAGUCUGUAAGAAUAAAAUUUGAUGAAUUUGAAAAAUGAAAUUUACAUGGGCAUAAAUAUUUUCUUUCAUACAGGCAGCAGGUGAAUAUGGUCUUUUUAUUGUGUAUAAACUUUAUGCCCCUGAAAAAAAAAGCUAUGCACAAAAAAAAUUGGUGUGUGUGCAAAUCUCUAGAAAACCAUCGCAUUUUCAAUCAGUGUACAGGCAGAUGGAUAAAUUCAUUUGUCCAUUAUCUUAAUUGUAAUUUAAUAUAUAUUUUAUCCAAGGAAGGGUUUGACAAUUUACCAUAUAUUAGAAUCUUAGUUUUAGAUAACAUAAUUAAAGUUACCUUAGUUUAGUUGGUGUUGCUAUACCAUAUAUUAAAAAAAA